GGUUCUGCUUAUAAACAGAGUGGCUGAAGUUUAGUUUCAGCACCUCCUUUGAACUCUCCUUCUGGAUCUCCUCUGGAUCUCCUCUGUGGAGCUCAGGUGAGAUGACGACCUCUCCCCCCGGCUCGAAGGCCCUUGACGGGAUGUACUCGCAUCUGAUCGAGGCCGAGGACGAGCAGCACCGCAGAUCAGAUGUGGAAGUCUCCCAGGUCAGACUGCCCCCCCGGCUGAGCGGCCCCAGGCCCUACCGCCUCGCCAUCAUCUGCCUGGCCACGCUCUGCGCCAUCCUGCUGAUCUCUAUCAUAGCCAUGGCUGCACAGGGUAAAAACAAAGCUCAGGGAGGCGGUGAAGUGGCCCCGGGGCCACAGAAGCAGACGCAGGAUGUGAACGUGACGGCUCUGACCGCCAACAACAGCGCUCUGAUGCUGGAGAAGAAGCAGCUGCAGGUGCAGAUUGACGAGCUGCUGGUCAAACUGGCCACCUUGAUGGCCACUAAGGCUCCUGAGGUGAUCAAACCGACCGAGGCCGCCAUCGUCUGCCCCAUGGAGUGGCAGCUCUUCAACAACAGCUGUUACCUCAUCUCCAGGCUGUCCAGGGAUUGGCAUGAGAGUCAGUCGUACUGCCAGAGCCAAGGAGCUCACCUGGCCAUCAUCCACUCGGCCGAGGAGCAGACGUUCCUGUGGGAUCUCCUUCCCAGAGGCCAUUGGAACGCCUACUGGUUCGGGAUCACUGACGGGCAGACAGAGGACCAGUGGAAAUGGGUGGACGAUACUCCAGUGGUCGGAGGUUUCUGGGAGGUCGGCGAGCCCAACAACCACAUCAACGAGGACUGCGGCUACAUGAUCAAAACUCGGGUGCUGACGCGAGUGGCCGUGAGGAGCUGGUACGACGCCCCCUGUCACAUGGGCUUGCCGUACAUCUGUGAGAAGGAGAUGGGCGCCGGUGUCAGCACGGCUAUGCCACACUGAGGCGCCGAGGAAACCAUUCGCUGGCUCAACAAACGCCUGCAGCUACAGAUAUCUUACUUUCUUAAUUAUCUUUCAAAACCUCAACUUUUAAUUCACGUUAUUUUGAUAUGAAGACAUUCCGAUGUUGAUUUUGCAUGAAACAAUGGACUCAUUAAAAGUCUGGCUGCUGUUUAACUUAGUGACAGAGAACGGGACUAAAGAGGAAAUGUGAAGCAGUAAAAAACUGUAUUUAGUAUCAAAUGCCGGUAAAGUAAGAAAAGUAAUCAAAUGAUUUUACUAGUUUGUGAAACAAAGGACGUAAUUUUCCACUUCUGAUAUGUGCGUAGAAGGAAAAAGCAGGACCUGUGCCUAAAAUCAUCACCACCAUCAAUAUUAACUUACAAUUAAUUAAGUGUGAAUAUUAACCUAAAAUAAGAAAAUAAUUCUAACCGAAUCCUUGUUUCUUUUUACCUUGACUUAAUGCAUCAUUUCACUUUGGCAUUUAACACCAUUCUUAUGAAUAUCAUCAAUUUGAAUCAUUACCAAUUUCCUUAGAAUCUCUUGUUUAAAAUCAAUAUAAGUAAAUGAAAGAAAGAAUAUCUGAUUUUAAUGGUUUGUAAUAAUUGUACAUAUAUAAUGCUUUACACGAAUGUCAAAUUUUUACACGCUUGUAUUGGAGAAUUUAUAAAUCAGGGAUUCAAGAUAACUUUUUACGUUUUGAUGUAUUUCUAACAUGCUUGUGUUUAAAGGUUUAAGGCUUAAUGUCAAAAUCUAUUUGUUUUCUCAUGUUUAUUAGCUAGUUUCAUAAAAACGUGGCCACUAACUGUAAAUGUAAUUGUCGAAUAAAUACUGACAUACUGAAAAAUAAAUCAAUACUGAAAGAUAAACUAUUCCA